AUGGCCAGAAAUUGUGUUGGCCAGCGGUCUAGCUCCAGCAGAAUAAAAUUGCUUUCCUUUUUCUUCCAGGAUCGAGUAGACAACUGUGCAAGCAACCCCUGUCACCGUGGCAACUGCAGCAGCUCUGACGAUGGCUAUGUUUGUGUUUGUGAAGAAGGUUAUCAGGGUGAUACGUGUGAUCAACCUCUGCCAAGCACUUUGACCCCGACCUGGGCGGAAUCAACGCUGCCAUGGCAACCCCAGCCAGCUGCAACGUCUUUGUCGUCCAACACAACCUCACCAUUGUCCUCACCCUCAACCUCACCCUCAUCCUCAUCCUCAUCCUCAUCCUCGCUCUCAUCCUCCUCAUCACCCUCACCCUCAUCCUCAUCUUUGCCCAAACCCUCAUACUCCUCAUCACCCUCACCCUCACCCUCACCCUUGUCCUUGCAGCAAACAGCCGUCACGCUGUCGCCAUGGCAGCCAGAACCCGGACACAAAAUUGUAAACCUAACGUGGGACGUCAAAGAGAUGAUCAACUCCUCGAACUUCCUGUGUGCAGACAAUGCUUCCAAUCACCGUGUUAUUGAAGUGCCCGAGGAGACUGCGCUAAGAAUUAAAGUGAACGAGGGUGAUGUGUCUGUUGCUUUCUGGGAAGUUACUGAAGAGAAUUUCCAGCAAUGUUCAGUUUCGAAUGGGAAGAGCAUUAUUCCCCUUCACACCGCUGAUGGCUUUGUUCUGCUGGAGGAGAUGCUAUCUUUGGGGAACAACUACUUUCUUGCCAUUGUGAAUGAUUUAGCUGCUAAAGCAAUGCCAGCUCUGAGGGUGAACGUGACAGUCAAAGCUAGUAUCUGCAUUGAAGAAAAGAAUGGCCUCCAGUGUUCAGGAAGGGGACAGUGCAUCACCAAACCUUCAGUGGCUGCCUUCUACUGUGACUGUGAGGAAGGACACAUUGGUCUUUUCUGUGAAGAAUUUGAUGGCUGCAGCAGUCUCCAGUGUCAGAACAACGCGACGUGUCUGGAUGUUAAACAGGGGAAUACUGAGAGGAACUUCACCUGUGUCUGUUCACCAGGUUACACAGGAGAAGUGUGCGAGUCCCAGAUCAAUCACUGUACCUCACAGCCCUGCGAACAUGGAGCUACCUGUCUGAGCAGAGCCACUGGCUACAGCUGUGUGUGUCCCGAAGGUUUUACUGGCCUGGCGUGUGAGCAGAGGAUCGAUCCCUGUGCCUUGUUGCCUUGCCAGAACAAUGGGACUUGCUUCACCGAUGGCACAUCCUACAGUUGUAACUGCAGUCCUGCCUACACUGGACCUCUCUGCACACAGCUCAUUGACUUCUGUGCCCUCAGUCCCUGUGCCCAUGGAAUCUGCCGCGGGGUUGGCACCAGUUACAAGUGUCUGUGUGCCCCAGGUUACCACGGGUUAUACUGUGAGGAGGAAGAUGAUGAAUGCCUUUCAGAGCCCUGUCAGAAUUCAGGCACCUGCAAAGACUUGGUGAAUGGGUACGAAUGCCUGUGUCCUGAUGAGUAUGAAGGUCAGCACUGUGACCUGUAUAAGGAUCCCUGUACUGCAGUCAGCUGUCAGAAUGGAGGCACCUGUACCAGCAAGGAGCAGAAUGCCACUUGUGUUUGUGUCCCAGGAUUUACUGGUGAAAGAUGUGAAGCAGAUAUAAAUGAGUGUGACAGUGAUCCCUGUCAUCAUGGAGGUACUUGCAUGAAUGAAGCAAAUGGAUAUACCUGCCAUUGCCCCCAGGGCUGGGUGGGCAUCCACUGUGAUGUUUAUCUGGAAUGGAAGUCUGAUCGGAUGGCAGAGAGUCUGAAUAACAUGCCUCGUCACUCCCUGUACAUUAUCAUCGGUGCGCUCUGUGUGGCCUUUGUUCUGAUGCUGAUCAUUUUGAUUGUGGGGAUCUGUCGGAUUAGCCGCAUUGAGUACCAGGGCUCCUCCAGACCAUCUUAUGAGGAAUUCUACAACUGUCGGAGCAUUGACAGUGAGUUCAGCACGGCCAUCGCUUCCAUUCGGCAUGCCAGGUUUGGCAAAAAGAGCAGGCCAGCAAUGUAUGAUGCAACUCCAGUUACCUACGAAGAUUACAGCCCUGACGAUAAACCACUGGUCACUCUCAUUAAAACAAAGGAUUUGUAAAGCACAUCUUUUACCGGUGUGAGAAAGGGAAGUGAAGGGGCAAAUACACCCACACAAAAUAUUUUUAAGACAAUGUGUUGCUCAAAUAUCUGAGAGAUUUGCUUUCUGAGUUAGAUUGUCAUUUUCCAGUAGUUAAUCAUACAAAACCGAUUCUACAAAUUAAAAUGUUUUGUGUUUCUGAACUACUUGCUAUGUUAAUGAAAUAUAUUUUCAAUGUUGCUAUUGACCUUAAAAAUAUUUCUCUUUUGUUGUGAAGAAUUUGCAUAAACUGUAAGUUAUAGAAUCUGGGUGUUGGUAUAUUUAUGUUUUCCUGUCUGUGUGAAAUUAACUUCACCGUAGCCUGGAGGAAUUGAGAUUUGUUCUUGAUCAUUCGUUUCUUUAAUUCAUUUUAUUCAGAAAUUUGCAACUCUGUCCUUUCACUUCCAGUUCCUGAGCACAAAUUCUGCCCAAACUACUGGGAUUUAUUUCUGUUCUGCGAGAACACUGAAAUGGUUCAAAUUGUCCAAAAACAUAUCAGAGCUGGUCAUACUUUGGUACAAAGAUGAUGGUCUCAUUUGGAAUAGCUAAAAGAAAAGCCAAGUGGAAAAGAAGUGGGUUGCAAUUUUUGAACUGUUUGUGUG